GGCGGCGGCGGCCAGUGCUGCUGCUGCCGCCGCCGCCUACCCACCCAGGAGCGGUGGCUACUGCUGCUGCCUCGCCGGUUGCGGACGAGGAGCUGGGCCCGGAGGCCGCCGGCAGCAUGGGCCCGGCGUUGGAGCGGGGCCGCCUGGCGGCGGGUCUGCUGGUGAACUUGGCGGCGUCCAUCUGCAUCGUGUUCCUGAACAAGUGGCUGUAUGUGCGGAUGGGCUUCCCCAACCUGACGCUGACGCUGGUGCACUUCGCCGUCACCUGGCUGGGGCUGUACGUGUGCCAGGCGCUGGGCAUCUUCUCCCCGAAGAGCCUGCGGCCCCGCCAGGUGCUGCCCCUGGCGCUCAGCUUCUGCGGAUUCGUGGUGUUCACCAACCUGUCCCUGCAGAACAACACCAUCGGCACCUACCAUCUUGCCAAGGCCAUGACCACGCCGGUCAUCGUCCUCAUCCAGAGCGUGGCUUACGGAAAGACUUUCCCCGCCCGCAUCAAGCUCACCCUGAUUCCUAUUACUUUAGGUGUUUUUCUAAAUUCCUAUUAUGAUGUGAAAUUUAACUUUCUUGGCAUGGUAUUUGCUUCCCUCGGUGUUUUAGUUACAUCUCUUUAUCAAGUGUGGGUAGGAGCGAAGCAACAUGAGCUACAGGUAAACUCUAUGCAGUUGCUGUACUAUCAAGCUCCCAUGUCUUGUGGCAUGCUGUUGUGUGUCGUUCCCUUCUUUGAACCAGUAUUUGGCGAUGGUGGAAUAUUUGGUCCCUGGACACUUUCUGCUGUGUUUAUGGUGCUGCUGUCUGGAAUCAUAGCCUUUAUGGUGAACUUAUCUAUUUACUGGAUCAUUGGGAAUACUUCACCAGUCACCUAUAAUAUGUUCGGACACUUCAAAUUCUGCAUCACCCUCAUGGGAGGGUACCUCUUAUUUAAGGACCCUUUAUCAAUUAAUCAAGGCCUUGGGAUUACAUGCACAUUGUUUGGAAUUUUAGCUUAUACCCACUUCAAACUUAGUGAGCAAGAAGAGGGCAAGAGCAAGCUGGUUCAGCGUCCAUAGAACAAGUACUGAUAUGAAUGGUUAAUGAGUCCUUUUAAUAUGCAUUAGUUUUGAAACAAGCAAAAUAAGGAAAUAGAUGCGCCCUGUUGCUGUUAAGGAAGUGCAUUUCUGUUGUUUUUAUAUAAAGGAUCAGUUUUUAAAAAACCAAGCACUACAAAAACUCAGCUUCUACAAUCUUGGCCUAUGGUGUUUUUUCUAUUCUAUUAAGUGAUUUCUAUAUUUAAAAAUAUGGUUCAUAAUUAAAGUGGCAAUUCUAAGAGAACUCAACUAUUUCAUACCAAAUGGACUCAUCAAGUUAGAUGUGACAUUAAUUGCCAAAGGAAUUCAUUCUGCCCUUUUGAUUAUGUCAGUAUUACCAUUUCUAGAAAGGAAGCUGUCUGCUGAUAAUGUGAAGUCAAAUGAACGUUGUAUCUUCUUGAUCUGGUAAAGAAUGGAAAAUCAAAAUUUGUUUUUUCUUGUAUUCUUUAUUUUUUGAAUGAAAUAUUGUAUAACAUAAUCAUGCAUAAUUUAUUUUUAACAAUCCAAUAGAAAGCAUUUGUUUCUGAGAAUUACAUUUUCUUCAUUUACAGUUAAGCAAAAUUACGGUAUUCUAGUAUUAUUAAGACACCUAAAACAGUCUGAUCCUUUGCAGCAUGAUCAGAUUUCUAAACUCUUAAAAAAAUGUAACUGGCUGCAGGGCUGGCUCCUGUAAUCUGAAAUGCUUUUCUUCAUGGCCACCUUUAAUGUCCCAAAUUUUUUCAUAGAAGAGGGCAGAUUCCUUGGGCCAGUAUGGAUAUAGUAUUACCUGUUCCUGAACUGAGCUUGUGUACUUCUCCCAAGUUUGUGUAAUGCCCCCCUAUCCAUCCCCAAGCUUUAAGCAUGAUUAAGAAUUGCAUCUGUACCAGGGUUAACCAUGCCUAAUGCCAAGCAGCAUUUGGUAAAUAACCAUGAUUUUAAUCAGUUUCAGUUUUUGGGUUUCAACUGCUGGUUAAGAUUAACCCAGGGUAAAGUUAACAAUGUUGACAAUUAAGCAGUAGGAGGAUUUGCUUGGGGGGGGAGCUAGUAGGGUGGCACUUAAGAUCCUACAGGUCCCUUUACAUAAUUAAGGGAUUCAAUCUGCUCCAGCCUCUUAUAAUGGAACUACACGGGGUUAAACAGGAAGAUGGGGAUGCUUCCAGACUUUUGCAGAUUAUGUCUUAACUGACAAACAAAGAUUUCUGCAAAAUUUUAAAGUCAGGUGGUAAAGCACUCCAGGAGGGGGGAAAUUUAUGGAAAGGAAAAUAAAGCAUCCAUAGUAGUUAGUUGCUGUCUAAACCAAACUACAUUUUUUAUAUACCGUAACCAUUUAAUAAAAUGUCUGAGCAGUAAGUUCAUAUUUUUCAAUAUGCCAGCAGAGCUGUUCACUUAUGGAACAAUAAAAUAUGAUGUUACACUUAAUAAAAAAGAAACAGACUAAUUUCUGUCCAAAGGUCCUUGCAAUCUAUCUGAAUAGCCUGGUCAUUUGUUACUUCAUACAAGGAAUAACUCCAUAGAAGGAACAAGCCCCAGGGGUUGCUGCAUGCCUUUGUUCCACUGUUAUGAAUAGCUGCUAGUUCUGAUAAAAAGACUGAAGCUGUAAGCCUGAGAUGUAAAACUAGAAGACUCUGAUUCCAAAAAGAAAUUUGCUUUGAAAGGGUGUAUAGUUUUUGCCUCACAAGCUACAAAGUUCAUUUGAUAAAUACAUUAAAAUGCUGUUUGUUGGUUUGUUUGAAAAAAAUGCCUUGUAUGAUCAAAAGCAGAACUUCAUAUGCUGCCUGUAUUUUAUUUCUGUCUAUGUAGUUUUAGGAAGAUAUGAGCAAGAACAAAUAACAGAAUCCUGCAACUCCUGUAAAAUGAACUGUAUACUAAUUUCUUUUGCUAAAGGUGUCCCUUCACAACUACCGGUAUGUGGCAGAUCUUAGAUCCCAAAUUCUUUCAGUGAUUUGAGCAAUACAAUGUAGAAACAACCACCUCAGAAAAGGGCCAGUGUUCAAUGAUUAUUCAGUUCUCAAAUGUUUUGGUUGUGUUUGUAACCCAAACCCUUUAGUAGCCUAAUAUACCGGGGGGGGGGGGUUUCCUGUAUUUUGCUAGACCAUUUCAUUUCAUGUCCAACAGCUUUAGAUACUUGACAAAAUUAGUUACUUUCUUAAAUAUCUGUAAUUAGCGUUAAAAAUAGGCUGCAGAAAAAUAUGUUCAGAACAGCAUGAACUUGAAGUGCGUAUUCCAAUGUAUGCACUGACAAAACAAUUUUGCACUAAUUUUGUGCUGUGCACAAGCUUUUCUGAAAGAUAAAUACCACAAGGAUCUGUUUAAUUAAAAACAAAAGACUAAUUCAGAUGCCUUUACAGUAUAAAGACACAAAGUAGCCUCUAUCAACGUGGAUUCAAGAGGUAUAAUGUUCCUGCAAGUCAAUUCUAUGUCUGAAAAGGUAGCAUAAAAUGGUUACACUCUCUUUCUCAUUCAGCUGUAACAUGGUUUGAAGUUGUAGGAUAUUACUGUAAACACAGUGUACAAUAAGAAUGUAUAAGGUACAAAUGGCACUGAACGCUGGAGUUGGUCUUCUCAGUGGCAGAAAAUGUAAAUGAAAUGCACAAACUAUUUAAGGACCCAAAUGUACGCAUUCUGUAGUGAGAAUGAAGAGAGGUUUUAUUUAAAUUCUUGGUUUUGCUGAUUGAAUAAAACAGUUCUUAAUUAUUA